AUGACGCAGGUUCGCGAACCCAUUCCGUUUCAUCCACAGUCUGUCUUUUUCAGUACGUUUUCGAGAUGGCCAUGACCUGCGGCGGAUGCGCCAAUGCUGCCCGGAGAGUUCUGUCUAAGCUUGGAGGUAUAGUUUCCAACACAAAAACGCAUGAACUUUUGUAUUAGAAGACAAAGUAAAGAUUGACGACAUCAAUGUGGAGACGAAAAAGAUCACUGUGACGACGGAUUUACCCGCUUCCGAUGUGCUCGAAGCCCUCAAAAAGACCGGAAAGGAGAUUAAGCAGCUGCAGUAA